AUGGCAACGAUGACGAUGCAGCUGGGAGGGCUGAUGAUGGCAGCUGUGGGCUGGUUGGGCUCCAUCCUCACCUGUGCCCUGCCCAUGUGGAAGGUGACAGCCUUCAUCGGCUCCAACAUCGUGGUGGCCCAGGUCUUCUGGGAAGGGCUGUGGAUGAACUGUGUGUACGAGAGCACUGGGCAGAUGCAGUGCAAGGGUUAUGACUCCCUGCUGGAGCUCACCUCUGACCUACAAGCUGCUCGUGCCUUGGUGGUCACCUCCAUCUUUGUGGCCUUCCUCGCCUUCCUCAUCUCCCUCUCGGGUGCAGACUGCACUCGCUGUGUGGAUGACAGCAACGCCAAGAACAGGAUCUCCGUGGUGGCAGGUGUCAUUUUCAUCCUGUCCAGCAUCAUGCUGCUCAUCCCUGUGUCCUGGUCUGCUAACAGCAUUGUCAGCAACUUCUACAACCCUAUGGUACCUCAAGCCCUCAAGAGAGAGCUGGGGGCUGCUCUCUACAUUGGUUGGGCCUCCAGUGCCCUCCAGCUCUUUGGUGGAAGCAUCCUGUGCUGCUCAGGCCCCCAGUCCCAGCAGGAUUCCUACCCCAGAAAGUACAGAGGGGUGAAAACCUGUGGCCCCAUGGGUUAUGCCAUGAAGGACUAUGUAUAA